GUCGUCGAAUUCAACGCUACUCCGGCCACUUUUCAAGUGGCGUGUGCUGAGUCUGUGACAACUGUGAGCGAGUGGAAAGGAUACCCGUGCAAGGACAUCGUUAUGCUGAAGAUUUCCCUGCUGAGCGCCGUGCUCGGCAUCGCCUAUGCGGGCGUGAUUGGACCAGGGCCGUAUUAUGGUGGCCCCGCUGGUCCAGGACCUUUGCAUCAUUACGGAGGAUAUGGACCGCCCAGUGGCCCCCUGCCUGGUCCCUAUGUGGCACCCAAGCCAGCAGCUCCCGAGCCCUACGACCCCGAUCCGAAGUACUCCUUUGGAUACGACAUCCAGGACGGGUAUACUGGUGACUUGAAGUCGCAGCACGAGACGCGUCACGGAGAUGUGGUGAAGGGCAGCUACUCUGUGGUGGAUCCGGAUGGUACCAAGCGCACCGUGGACUACACGGCAGAUCCGCACCAUGGAUUCAAUGCGGUGGUGCGGAAGGAACCGCUGGCGUACAAGGCACCAGCUCACCUAGCUCCUGUCAUCGCACCUGCUCCUCCCGCUCCUGCUCCUGCUCACCUUAGCUACGGUGGUCCGGCUCCUGCUCCUCCACUUCCGCCGGUGCCCAAGGCUCCGCUGCUCUCUUAUCCUUUGGCCCUGGGUCCUCUUCACCGGGCUGCUCCUGUUCACGGUCCCGCUCCCGUCCCUGCACCAGCUCCUGCUCCCGCUGCAGUUCCCGUGCCCGUGGCCGCUCCUGUCCUGCCCACCGCCCACUUCCAUGCCGCCUAUCCCGCUUUGGCCCACAGUCCCUAUGCCCACUAUCCCGCUCCUGUUCCGGGACCCGCUCCUGUGGACCCGCACGCCUACUAUCACCACUGAGGGAGCACCGGGUUCCCAGCUAUCUGAUCUGAUCUGAUUCGAUUCGAUUUGACUCCAUCUGUCGCACGCAGCUUACACUGACCCAAAACUGAAUCUCCGGCUUAAUCUGUGCCAAACGCUGUACUCUCAAUCUCUUUGCUGUGUUCUUCGAGGGAUUUGAUACCGAUCCAAAGUGUGGAUUGAUUUUAAGAUACACCUAGCCUAUGUACAUGUUUUAAGAAUACGUUGUUGAAUGGUUAGUGUAGAUAAUAAACCGAUAA